CCCCCACGGGGUGCUGAGGGCUCCCUGACUCCGUCUCGCGCUCCACAGGUGAACAUCACGCUCGACACGCUGUUCCGCGACCAAGUCCGUCCACGCGGGCUUAUCGGACCGAGCUCCACUGAAGCGACGCGUCCCUCUCUGCUCCCAACUCGCACGCGCCGAACCCCCCGCGCAGUGGUCGCGUGCGCGCGUCCCCGCGGAGAUGCACGCGGAGGUGGAUUACGGAGGCUCCGGGAGCAGCGGGAACGGAAAGCUGCGCCAGUGGCUCAUCGAGCAGGUGGACUGCGGCAAAUAUCCCGGUCUGGUGUGGGAGAACGGCGAGAAGAGCAUCUUCAGGAUCCCGUGGAAACACGCCGGGAAACAGGACUACAACCGCGACGAGGAUGCCGCGCUUUUCAAGGCCUGGGCGCUGUUUAAAGGCAAGUUUCGGGAGGGGAUCGACAAGCCGGACCCUCCGACCUGGAAGACUCGCCUCCGCUGCGCGCUCAACAAGAGCAAUGACUUUGAGGAGCUUGUGGACCGAAGCCAGCUGGACAUCUCGGACCCGUACAAAGUGUACCGCAUCAUCCCCGAGGGGGCCAAGAAAAGACCCAGACAGGAGGACAGUCCUCUGAGUCCAAUCAGCUACCAGGUGCACUCCCCCUAUCCUGCACUGCAGACCCAGAUACCACAGUACGGGCCCACGCAGGAGUGCGGCUGGAGGGAUUUCUGUCAGGAGCCGGCCUCCCUGCCCGAGCUGCCCUUCACUCACUGCCCCCCCCGCAGCCUGCCAUGGCAGGGCCAGUCCCUGGAGAACGGGUAUCAACUCAGAGCCUCCAUCUACUCGUACGGCCCAGCUGACAGUCAGCCCUCGCCUUUCACGCUGGACGCCAGCAUCAGAUCAGCCGAGGCGCUGUCAGACUUCCGCCUGCAUGUGUCUGUAUACCUCCGGGACACGCUGGUGAGGGAGGUGACCACCUCCAGUCCGGAGGGUUGCCACAUCACCCCCUGCUCCCCAGAGGAGAAGCACUACCUGCCUCCCGGGGGUCCCGAGGUGGUCCCCCUGCCCGUGGACAGCCUCUCGGCCCCGAGGAGGACAGAGGAGUGUCCCCCGAGUCCCCCGUCCACCCUGGAGAGGGGCGUGUUACUGUGGAUGGGCCCGGACGGCCUCUACGCCCGGAGGCUGUGUCAGGGCCGGGUGUACUGGCAGGGGGGGCUGUCCCAGUACGGAGACAAGCCCAACAAACUGGAGCGAGAGGUCACCUGUAAACUCCUCCACACACAGGACUACCUGACAGAGAUCCAGAGCUACGGGCUCCACGGCCGGCCGCCGCCGCGUUUACAGAUCCUGUUGAACUUCGGAGACGAGUGUCUGGACCUGCAGAGACAAAGAAGGACGCUCACCGUGCAGGUGGAGCCAUUGUUUGCCAGGCAGCUCCUGUACUACGCCCAGCAGAUGGGAGGCCACUACUUCCGCAACUACGAGCACCCGGAGGUCACAGACCACACAAACCCCUCCGAGGACUACCAGAGGACCAUCGCGCAUCACCUCAGCAGCAGCCUGCAGGAGUGAUCUCAGGAGGUUCAAGUGACUGUUGAAAACUUCAAGACACGGCAGCGACCUUUGACCCGGGAGACGAGAUUACCGCGAGAGGAGGGACAAGCGUGGACAGUGUUGCACACCGAGAUUGCGGACGACGAGGGACAGCGGGUGUUUUCCCCCGUGGGGUUCUGUGUGCGCGAGUUCUUUCUCUACUGGCUCUAUUUUCGUGUCACCGUCUUUAUGUCUCCAUACUUACUAUGCAAAGAAAACUGACAGCUCAGGUGAUUGAACAGGAGGGGGAUUUUAAUGCCUUGAGACGAUAUGACAUUUUUGGGAAUAUGCUUGUUGUCGUUGCCCUGUGUGUACAGUAAACAUGAAGCAGGAGCCAACAGGCAGCUAGCUUAGCUUAGCACCAGGACUGGAUGCAGUAGGAAACUGCUGGCCUGGCUCUGUAUAGGUAACAAGCCAAAACAGGCACCUCCUUUUUUUUUUACCUCUGGAACCACCCAUCUGCAGACUUUAUGCUAAGCUAGGCUAAUGGUCUUCUGGCAGUUAUUUUUCAUCUGUUGUGAGACUUCCUACAAAUACAUCCUCUUGUUGCUAGGAGACACUAUCACGAUCACCCCCAUUUAAGUUAGGAGUGAAGCAAGCCCAGCUACGUUUAGGUGACAAACAGGUUUUAGAUAAGCUUUUUCAACUAAAGUUUGUAUCAAUUAUGAGAUAUAUUUUUGUAAUUGAAUGUAACAUAUGAAAUCUGAGAAGGAGUGGCUGUUUUUUGCUUUGAAGAAGCACAUUUCUGUUGUACAAAACAAUAAAAGGCUCAAGUGCAAAGAUGA